ACACGUCUAUACACCAAAGCAGCUUUUGCCUACCACAAUAUGCCUUGCCUUCAAUCCGUCACAAUACAGAUAUACUACCAAUUCCGAAGGCGGCAAUGCAUGCAUGGCUUGUGUAACUGAAGAAAGCAUAUAAGUAGUAUAGCCGGAAAAACAGCAUGCCGGCAAUCAGUGCAGAAUAUAUUCAGAUGCCUCAGCUGAACGCAAGGCAGAGUCUGAACAGGCAGCAGCAGCAGCACCCAAACGUGCGGCGUCGGCCACAUAUCAUCAUUACAGUAACCCAAGCCGGUGGUUGGAGUUGCCAUGGAUGAAAGAGGGUUCAAAGCUGCUGGAAAGCUACCCGUGCGUGGGACUCCCAUGCGGCGGGGGAACUCUAUAAAAGGCCACACGGGUGCUGAGCUUGGUGCUAUCCAUCCACCCAUCGCCUCCACCGAGCCACCGCAGGAAGAAGAAGAAGAAGAGGAGGAGGAGGAGGAGGAGGAGGAGAGAGGGUGAGAAGGUUUUAGCUCAGGCGAGAUGGCGCCGGCGCCGCUGCCCCUUCUCGUCGCCGCCUUCUCGCUGCUCUUUGCGGCGGCGACUCCGAUCAGGGACGUCGCUGACGCCUGCUCCUCGCAAGUGCAGGCUGCGGAUUUCGAGCACCUGAACAGCACCGCCAUGCACCUCCCGCUGCACCACUCGCGGGGCCCCUGCUCGCCGGUGUCGGUGCCGUCGGACCUCCCCUUCUCGGCGCUGCUCACCCACGACGACGCCCGCAUCGCGUCCCUGGCCGCGCGCCUCGCCAAGGUGGCGCCGUCCUCGUCCUCGGCGCGCCCCCGCCCCACGGUCACGGUGGCCUCGCUCUACCGGGCGAACGACGACGCCGCCGUCGACGGCUCCCUCGCGUCGGUGCCGCUGACGCCGGGCACGUCGUACGGCGUGGGCAACUACGUGACCCGCAUGGGCCUCGGCACCCCGGCCAAGCCCUACAUCAUGGUGGUCGACACGGGCUCCUCCCUCACCUGGCUCCAGUGCUCCCCCUGCCGGGUGUCGUGCCACCGGCAGUCCGGCCCGGUGUUCGACCCCAAGACGUCCAGCUCCUACGCCGCCGUCUCCUGCUCCACGCCGCAGUGCAACGACCUCUCCACCGCCACGCUCAACCCGGCCGCCUGCUCCUCCUCCGACGUCUGCAUCUACCAGGCCAGCUACGGCGACAGCUCCUUCUCCGUCGGCUACCUCAGCAAGGACACCGUCUCCUUCGGCUCCAACAGCGUGCCCAACUUCUACUACGGGUGCGGGCAGGACAACGAGGGGCUCUUCGGCCGCUCCGCCGGCCUCAUGGGCCUGGCACGCAACAAGCUCUCGCUGCUCUACCAGCUCGCGCCCACCCUCGGCUACUCCUUCUCCUACUGCCUCCCCUCCUCCUCCUCCUCCGGCUACCUCUCCAUCGGCUCCUACAACCCGGGCCAGUACUCCUACACGCCCAUGGUGUCCAGCACGCUCGACGACUCGCUCUACUUCAUCAAGCUCUCCGGGAUGACCGUCGCCGGGAAGCCGCUGGCCGUGUCGUCCUCCGAAUACUCCAGCCUGCCCACCAUCAUCGACUCCGGCACGGUCAUCACGCGCCUGCCCACCACCGUCUACGACGCCCUCAGCAAGGCGGUGGCGGGGGCCAUGAAGGGGACCAAGCGCGCCGACGCAUACUCCAUCCUCGACACGUGCUUCGUGGGCCAGGCGUCCAGCCUGCGCGUCCCGGCGGUCAGCAUGGCCUUCUCCGGCGGCGCCGCGCUCAAGCUGUCGGCGCAGAACCUGCUCGUCGACGUGGACAGCUCCACGACGUGCCUCGCGUUCGCGCCCGCGAGGAGCGCCGCCAUCAUCGGGAACACGCAGCAGCAGACGUUCAGCGUCGUCUACGACGUCAAGAGCAACAGGAUCGGCUUCGCCGCCGGCGGCUGCACAUGAUUAAUUCCUCCUAUGGAAGAAGGUGCACGCGCGCAUGCAUGCUCGGAAUGGGUUUUAAUUUAAUUUGUUACUACAUGCACGUUCACUUUUUCAACUCGCCGGUUCGAUCGACCACACAAGCUCAAGCAUGUUGACGAUUACACGCCAGCAGGUAGAUAAAAAAAGAUGUGCUGGCUGAUUAAUUAGUGGUGUACAUGCAUGUUUAAUUAUAUCACAGCUUUGUUGUGUUGCAUAAAAGGAAAGGUCGAGUACAAUUUAUAGGAUUCAAGCUAUUUAUAUUGUUCAGACCAGACAGUGAAAGUGGGAAUGUAUGACUUAAAUGUCACGUAGCCAGGAUAUGUGAAAUACCUUGUGUCAUGUAAAUUUUUGGCAAGUACUAGUGAAAAUAAUGUACUUUGAAUAGCUAAGUUAAAGGAUGUGCCUAUGAUUCGAAUA